ACGAACGAGAGAGUGAGAGAAAGAGAGCACAUUCACGGUCGCUGUCUGCUUUCUUUCCUCAGUACGACCCUGGCAGCUCUCCUCCACAGCAGCAGAAAGACACAGAACCAAAAACAGAACGGUGAAAGAUAGACAAGCGAAAGACGGAGAGAAACAAGGUGUGAAAGACAACAGCAGGAGGACAAGCUUUACUCUAAACCUCCCCCUCCAGAUGGCACAAUGGGAAGAGAUUUGGAACCAGUGAAAAGUGGGAGCGAGACAAGACAUGUGAUCUAGAAGAACAAGGUGUUAAAAGUAGAUGCUGAAAAGGGUCCUGGACAGAUGGACGGAUGCUGAUCUCCUAAAAUAGAGGGGUAGUCACCACUCCAUUCUGACAGACAGAAGGGUGCCCAUUUUUACACUGGGAGCAACAGGAUAUAGCCCCCUUUCCUCUACUGGAUAAGACUGUACCUCUGUACCUACUGUACCUCUUUCCCUGACAGUGUCAUUCUCCUUUUCUCUUUUAUUUGGAUUUUGGCCUAGUCAGUCAGUCAGUCAGUCAGUCGUUCAUUACAUUUUUCUCCUGUUUCUUCAUUUCUUUUUUUUCAUCUCUCCGGGGCAAGUGACGCAACCGAGAGUGCUUUUUGGAAUCUUUGCUGAAGAAGACUGUCCUCUAUUGACCCUUUACAUUGUGUGUGUUUGUUUGUGUGUGUGUUUAUAUGAGCAUAAGGACGUAUGUGUGUGUGAGCCUGUGCCCUUUUACCUCUUAAUUUCCACCCUUUGCACCCAUCUGUUUCAUGCUGGCUGUCCUUUCACACCUCUGCAAGUGUCGCGCACCAUCUGCGAGCGUGUCAUUGUGUGUGUGUGUGUUUCGGUGUGAUUGUGUGUACGUAUCUGUCACCCGCAGUUACGCCACUGGUCAAAAGUUGGCCAAUUGGAUCAGAGCCAUUUUUGGAGGCAACGUGGCAUGCUGUUUUAGCUGGACAGGAGGGGGACAGAAGGCCGGCUGUUUAGGGAUCAGUUUGAGAGAUUCUACUGUGUUCUCCCGAUAGGACUCAAGACUAUCAAACCUCCUGGAGGAUCAAUUCAAUCAGCAUCUGAUCCAACAAGUGUUAACUGAUCACCUGUGGAUGGUGUACCUUGGGAAUACAGUGACUGGCAGUGAAGGAAUCAUCCAAUCGGCACAUGUUUUAUAGAUGACCUGUCCGAUCAUCCAUUAUUAAAGCCCUGGCACUUUGGGUUUUGCCUGUGAGGUGUUGAUCAGAUUCCGGAUUACCUGAUGUGUGUGUGUGUGUAGAGGAUAUAGAUUGAUGAUCUCUGGCACCGUGGCUGUCUGCUUCCUGUGCCGGUCAUUUUGGAACUGUCACUCAACUGCUUGGCCAUCAGUCUCUCUAUUGUACCUAGGAGCUGCCAACACAGACUGACAGACCUUUUUUUUUUUUCUCUCGGCCAUGCUGUAUUGUGUAACUCUCUGAACGAAAGAAGACAUUUUGCGAAGAAAGAAAGAACGUUCUGACUCUGUCCCGUGUGUACCGUUCUGUGUCCACAUUAACGGACUGCCUAAACUGAGGCAAUUGGCCUCUAGUCCCGUGCUACCUACUGUGUUUCAUCACCCCCAGGGGCCAUGAUUGGUGUCAACAGCUUACACUCAGCGGGGCGCCUGCGCUCACGAUCCCUGUGCUCGGUCCGCUAUGGGCGAGACUUCCGUAUGAUUGACCCAUUCCGCUACCCCCGAACCCCCCGCUCACGCUCCCUGAAGCCCCUUAUGUUCCCAGACCUGCUGGGCAAGGCCCAGGAUGGACAGAACCACCCGCAGGCUCGCAAGAGGAAGAAGGUACAAUGUGCCACCCGGGCCCUGUACAACUCAAUCAAGAAUGAGAAGCUUCAAUGGACAAUCGACGAGGAGGAGAUGCGGAAGUCUUUCUCAGAGCUGGGGGACACCAGCCAGGCAGACUCCGCCUCUAAACACAUGAAGAGCAUGGCCAGCGGCGGGAAACCACUAGUGGCCAUGGCCCAGCCCUCAGGAGCCCUGCUGUACAAGAACGGCUUCCUGGUGCGCAAGGUGCACGCUGACUCAGACGGCAAAAGAACACCGCGUGGGAAAAGAGGAUGGAAGACGUUCUAUGGCAUUCUGAAAGGGCUGAUUCUCUACCUACAGAAGGGAGAGUACCGGCCAGAUAAGCAGCUGUCGGACGAAGAUCUGAAGAACGCUGUAUCCAUCCACCACUCUCUGGCCAUGAGGGCUGCCGACUACAGCAAGAGACCCAAUGUGUUCUACCUCCGCACCGCCGACUGGAGGGUCUACCUCUUCCAGGCACCAAGCACAGAGCAGAUGCAGUCGUGGAUCACACGCAUCAAUACGGUAGCAGCCAUGUUCUCGGCGCCACCUUUCCCUGCAGCCAUUGGUUCACAGAAGAAAUUUGCCCGACCUCUGCUGCCAAGCUCCACCUCCAAACUGUCACAGGAGGAGCAGGUCCAGUCCCAUGAGACUCGGUUCCGGGCCAUCUCCACUGAACUGGCUGAGCUGCGCUCAUAUCCUCCAGACCGAAAGGUCAAAGGCCGCGAGCUGGAGGAGUACCGCCAGCGAGACGAGUACCUGGAGUUUGAGAAAACACGCUACGGUACAUAUGCCAUGCUGCUGCGGAACAAGAUCCGCUGCGGCGAGGAUGACCUGUCCGUAUUCGAGGUUCAGAUCCUGGAGGACAACGGGCUGCAGCGCGCCCAUUCCAGCCCCACGCUGCAGGACUUCAGCCAGGCAAGCCAGGCCUCCCAGGGCAGCAGCACCAAGGAGCCGGUGGGCUGCAGUGGCAUGGGAAAAGGCUCCAAGCACACUGAGGCCCAGAGAUACAGCUACCGCCAGGCCGUCAAGAAGUGAGGCAGGGCGGGGCGCCGGGUGGUGAUGACGUGGCAGGUUUGUCUCCCUGCGCAAGUUUUUAUUAGAAAUCCAGUGGAGGGGGCUUAUAAGAGCUUGAAAAGGAAAGGGGUGAGAGUGUACUGUAUACGCCAUGGCGCAACCACCCGGCACCCCCGAUCUCCUCGGCUAAUAGGGGAGGUGCAGCGGUGCAGAUCCUAUGACUGGCCAAUGCCAGCAGUGCGUUGGGGCAGGAGGGAGGGAGGAGCGUUGGAGAGGUCAUGCAGCUUGGAAAGAAGGUAUUCCAGCGAAAGCUUGCUGCAUACGGUAUGUUAAUAGACGGUACCAUACUGUAUGGUAAGACAGAGGUUCCUCCCGUAAGCAAUAUCACCGCCGUACAAGGACUCCCAUCCAGCAUCUUUUUCUUUCCUUUUCUUUCAGGGCAUCUCUCCCACAAACCCCUCCUCCAGCCUUUUUUCUUGAAAUGUUUUCCUCUGAUUUGGGACCAAACAUGUUUACACAUUUGAUACAUUAAGUCUCAGAUGACUGUGCUAUUGAUUUGAACACGUGUUACAGUACUGUAAUACUGUAGUAAUAGGAGCUAGAUCCUCGACUCAUUGCAUUGCUGUUCCCUUUUUUUCCAUGACAUCUGUGUGUGUCCACAUCCAUGAGGGAGCCUAACGACAAGGGUACUUGUAGCUCCUGAACUCUUCUUUGGGGCAAAUGUGAUGGCAACAAGGUGGCUCUAGUGGAUCAGAAUGGCAGUGCACUACACACCCGGAUCUGCAAUGAAGGCUCAGUUGCAGCUCUCCCUCCUGGCCCAAGUCAGGGCGAGAGACUGUGCUCUCAUGACUUCAAACCGCUCCAAUCUCUGCCCCCUCUCUCUCUGCUCCCCUGUUCUCACAUUCUCUGUCUCAGAGAGGGGGUAACUGUGGCUCCCCUCUCUACCAUCUAUUCCAAAUGGGUUGUCAGAGUGGUUGAUGUCAUUUGAGCCACACUAGUUUACUACUGUACAGCUACACACGAGUAAAAUAAAAUGUACACUUGUACUUAAUAAUCCUCUCAGCAAGAGAGGCCCAUGGUUUCUUAAUUGCUUUUCCUUAAAGGGGCAAUCUGCGAUUAAUAAAAAUGGCCAUUGAUUUUUGAAGAAUAAAUCUAUCGAUGCCUCAUGAGCUUAGUUCAACCCAAAAUAUAAACUUGUUUAACUCCUUUGUUUGUAAACAAUGUAAUUGUAAACAAACAUGGUAUAGCCUCAAAACGCCAGCCUCAUCCCUCAGCUGUUUACCAAAUCAGUGGUAGGGUAACCGCUAUGUCAUUGUUCAAAACUGUAGAUUGCCCCUUUAAUAACAGUUGUUAACCCUCCUACCUAGCCAGUUGCUUUAGCUUUGUCUUGCAGCAGGCUUCUUUUUACUACUCUGUGCGUGAAUGUUGUUUUUUUCUCAGCAUGCCUGCAUCGAGCUCUGCCUUUUUCUUCUUCUUGGGGAAAAAAAUGUUUUGGUUAUGUUGUCUUUGUACUAAUCCUGUUGUAUUGACAUGUCUUCCCUGUUACUCCCUGUGUAAUCACUCGUUUAUAAGACCUGUUUUAACACUCACCAGGCAGACCCUGAAUGUACUUGUUUUUUCAAUAUUUGUACAGCAUUUUACAAUAACCUGUUGAUGUUGGACAUUCUCCCCCUCCUCCUGUGUACUGUUACAAGUGUCAUUAUACAUAAGUGUUAUUAUAGUAAACCUAUGGCAUAUGUUUUCUAAUAACCUGCCAACUACUAUAUUAUGCUUAUAUUGUAUGAUACAUUAUAUAUGUCGUUUUACAAUAUAUCCUGGUGAAUAUGCAUAAAAUAAACAUACAGAGUUGAUAUUAUACAUUCCCUGUAUUUAAAUGUCCUGAAAGCGAUCUAUGAUAAUCAUGUGUUUUUACAUAGUAUUCUGUAUGUAAAGGGUCAACAAAGGCACCAGCACAAUCUUGAGUAUUGUCUAAAUGCCUAUGUAUCUAUCAAACAAUGAUGAGAUUGAGAAAGGAGAUCUGGCGAGGUGGGACAAUACCAUAAUCAAAUUCCCAUCAUUAUUUCAACUCCCUGGCCUGAAGUAUUCUGAAGCGAGUGAGAGAGGCAUUCUUCUUUAAAUUGGUAGCAUGAUUCACUUUGAAGGUAUUUGUUGAUGUUGAUGUUGUCACAGAGUAAUGUUUUGCUGUUGUUGCUACAUGAAAAACAGACAUAUGGAAUAAUGUAGUGGGUGUAUGUGUAACGUGUGAAAUGCGUGAGGAGGGCCUUGUAGGCUAAUAGACGGGGGAAGCAGCAAGACAUUUAUUGACAGAAUAUGUAUGGAAGCAUAUCCAUACCAUAUCCUCAGUCAAUGUAAAGAAAAAUAAUCAACAUAACUAUUUCAUGACAUACCUUCAGUUUCAAGCUACUCAGGCUUUCAAAUGUCGGCCUUGAACAGCUGUAAUGCCAGCAUCGUACCAGCAGAGAGAGCUGUUUAGCAGGACAUUCAGUUACCUUUCAGCCAUAACAUUGCUGCACCUGCACUGCACAAGCUUUUUAGGGUGGCCCAUUGGCAGUCUCUGGAUAUGGAGCACUGCUGAGCUAUGUGUGAUUGGUGACUGAGAGUUCUUUGUGUGCGUGUGAGUGUGCGUGUAUCUGAGGAGAUGUGUUUCUGUUCUGCUGUAAGUUUGUGAAUGUCAUUGAAUGCAGCAUGCUGCAACCUGGCUGACCUGCUGUUCUACUAAGGAGCCUAUUUAAGGAAUGUGGCUGAGGAUAAUGGUCUAGCCAGUGCAUUCAUGUGAUGUUGUAAAGCAGCAACGGUUUAUCUAGCUGUGUCCAUUAACUUUACUUACCUUGCUGGAAAUGGGGUUUUUUUUGUACAAUUUUAGUACAGAUAAUUGAAUGUUAUGUCUAAGUUUAGCAUGGUGUAUUUUGCCUCUCAUCUUUUCCUAUCUUACCUCAGUCAUUUUCAAAUUCUUCUCCUUCCUUUUCCAUGAUCUCUUCUCCACUCCAGUCUCCUCUGCUCAUGCUUUCUUUCCCUCUCUAUUCUCCCCUCCACUCCUCCUCCUCUCUCGCAUCACUUCACUUUCCCUCUGUCACUGAUAUUGUCAGUUUGUUCUGCCCUCUGUCUCUGUCAUCAUCUCACUAAUCUUUUAGGGAGCUGCCUUUAUCAGAUAACUGUAUGUGUUUAUUGUUACUAUAACUGAUGAUAUAUACCUUUAAUUGUAUUGUAACGAUGUUACAGCUGUGAUAUUACUGCUUGGUACUUGUAUUUAUCGAUAGUGUUUGACACUGGUGGCAUAUGUUGCCAGGGUAGUCUACCACAGAAUGACAUGUCCCCUCGGACAUUGGAGGGAACAGGGUAAGGACUGAGGGCCUUUUACAUACAAAGGGACAUUGUGUUGUUCAAUCAACAGGUGAACAACUGAAAAUCUCAUCUCUCACACACUAUUUGUUCAUAUCAUAGGGUCUAUGCAAUACAUGCCCUGUUCUCUGUGUCCCAGGCACUAACCAUGAGGGAGAGAGGCAUACGGUAUAGAAUCUGUUAUAAAGCAGUAUGAUAGCCGGGACUAGCCUCAGCUUCAACCUCAGCGAGCUCUCUAUGCCCAAUCUGCCACCCCGCCCCCUCUGACAUCAUCACAGAGCAGCUGCAGGGUCUCCAUGGCACUGGUUUGCAUUGAAACCACUAGCUCCCAACAAGUGUUCGCUCUAUGAUACUGAAAUUAAAGCCUAGGUGUUACUGUAUGUUCAACCCAUUCCUAGCCAGCACUUCUGAAUGUGACAUGUGUGUGUAUAUAUAUAUAUAUAUAUAUAUAUAUAUAUAUAAAACAGCAUGAGAUAAUAUUAUUAUGGUCUGCUUUCCUUUGUAUUAUGUUUAGUGUAUUUAAUGAAUGGUUAAUAUACAGAACAACAUUUUUGUCCUUCAGUUCAUUGUCAUGUUUUUUGUUUUAUGAAGCUGAAUAAAGUCAAUGUAUUUAAUGCUGUUUUAUGCUGAUGUGUUGUAGACACCACACCAACGCUUUCAAAACUGUGAUAUAAUACACUACAGUGGGGUUCUGACUCAUUUCAGUUUUCUUAGAAUGCUGCCAAUGAGAGACAUUUAAAAUGUUUUUACUUGAAUUGUUUUACUCAUUUUAGCUGUACACAUGUCCACCACCUGUUAAAACCUCACCUCUGUAAGAACACAUUGUUUGUAUAGGAGCUUUUCUUUUGGGAAGCAUAAAGGAAAAAUAAAAGUGUUCCAAAAAGUGA